AAGGUACCUCCAGUGGCACUGGCACCAGACUGGCACGGUCAAGAUCGCGACACUCGAUGUUCAAACGCUCAAAUCCAGCUCGUCGAUUGUGUCGCUACCUGUGAAUCCCAACUUGCGCAGUCUGAGAUAGACGGUCAGUUUAGGCCUUGACUGGCACUUGUAACUUAGUGAGUUGACACUCUCCAAGUCAUUAUGGCUGGGAAUGAGCCCAGCACUCUGCCCACCGAGGCACCGAGCCGCAAGCGACCUCGGACCGAGUCCGAUUCUACAGACGAGCCGAAGGAGGCAUUCAGCCGCGAUGAAAAAUUCUGGUACGAGGACGGGAACAUCGUCAUUGUCGCGCAGAACAUCGGCUUCCGCGUCUACAAAGGCUUGCUUGGGACGCACUCCGACCUUUUCCGCGAUAUGUUCUCCCUCCCUCAGCCGGUCCCGGACGUCGGGGACGAAUACCCCGUUGUCCACGUCACAGACACAGCCGCAGAGCUUCGCUCGCUGCUCGCUGCCCUCUCGCCCAAGCAAUUCUCGCCAUGCCGCUUCUUGGAAUUGGAUGACCUCGCCAACUGCAUCCGACUCGCGCACAAGUACAGCAUCAAACCGCUCCUACAGGAUUACCUGGAGGAGCUCGAACGAUACUUUCCAGACACAUUGGAUGCGUGGGAGAAGAGGGUCCAGCUAAUGAACCCUGCGCUCGCGUACGCGAUUGUGGCGGUCAACCUGGCGCGUCUCACGGAUACGCUGUCGUUGCUCCCUGCGGCGUUAUAUCUCUGCUGCCAGUUGGAACCGAACCAGCUACUGGAGGGAUACGUGCGCUCCGACGGCACGGCGGAUACACUGAGCCCAGACGACGUGGAGCGGUGCAUCGGCGCAAGAUCUAAGCUCUGCAGUCUUUACGUGCUGUCCUUACUCAAGAGCACUUUCGUCCCUAUCAUGGCGAACAACGAAUGCUUGGGACCCGGAGGGCGCUGCAAUACCUCUAUCCAUUCCAUCAUCACCCGUUGCAUCGGAGACAGCAUCGAAGCGGGGGAAGGCGACGCCCUUCUGUCCUGGGACAAACUCAUACGCUCCUACGAGGCCAAGAAGCAGCCAAGAUCCCAAUACCCUCUCUGUGCAUUUUGCGUGAAGGUACUGCUGAGACGAGAGAGGCGCAGGCGCAUAGACCUUUGGUCGGAGCUUCCGACACUGUUGGGACUGGAAAAGGGUGACGAGGAUAACUCAGACGCGUAAUGCGGGAGUAUAGGCAUGUGUCAUCUCGUUCUGCUCUAAUUUACAGGCAUGCAUGCAAUCUUUCAACAUUUCACAAGCCG